ACUCAGUUAAUUUCCUUUAACUAGUUAAUUUCCGUUAACUGUAGUUAACUGGCGAGAAAAACACUUUAACGCGUUAAGGCAAAUGAAAAAUGCAUUUUAACGCGUUAAGGAUUUUUUGACAAACGCACACCUCUGACCCGCGCCACCGCGUGGCAUCGUCUGCAGAAGAAACCUCUAAUUAAAAAAAAAAAAAAAAGUCAACUGAUAGAUGUACAGAAAAGCAAAGUUUAGUAGUGUCUCUUCACUCAGUUAAAGUAAAGUAAAAACAACGUUACUUUGGACGGGUAAAAUAGACUUUAUCCCAAGUAGCCAGCUCCCGAUUCACAAAAUGAAGGUAGAUAAGGAUAUUCCAGCUAUUGAAGAAUCCACAACCGUAAGCAAAAAAGGAAGUAAGCAAACAAAAAUUUCAAUGAAAGCAAAUGCUGGGGUUAAUGUAGAAUUGAACGAUAAAAUGAAAGACCUUGCUGUUGUCGAAGAUCAAGAUAAUUUCAGUAUCUCUGAUGAAAGUGAAAGUGAAAAGCAACCUAAAACCAAGCAAGAAGAAAAAGUGAAACUUUCUCAUAAAGAUAAGAAAAAAUUAAAGAAGCAAAUGGAAUAUGACAAACAAAUGGAUGUCAUCACUCGCAAAGGGGGGUUGGGUCACAGUGAAUUGGGAGACAAUUUCACUAUUUCCCAAGUUCAACAAUCUGAUAAAAAGUUGGCACAACUAGAAAAUACUGUGGACAUCAAAGUGGAAAAUUUCAGCAUAUCUGCUAAAGGAAAAAGUUUAUUUACAAAUGCAAGUCUUCUUAUUGCCCAAGGCAGAAGAUAUGGCCUUGUUGGACCCAACGGACAUGGAAAGACAACUUUGCUACGCCACAUAGCAUCACGAUCACUACAGAUUCCUUCUUCCAUUGAUGUCUUAUUGUGUGAGCAAGAGGUGGUCGCGGAUGAUACACCCGCAAUUCAGGCCAUUUUAAAAGCCGAUGUGAAACGAACUUCAUUGCUUGAAGAAGCCGAUAAAUUAGAGAAAGAACAACGCAAAGGAAACCUGAAGGUGACGCAACAAUUAAAUCAAGUAUAUGAAGAAUUGCGUGCUAUUGGUGCGGACGCGGCCGAACCUAAAGCUCGGCGAAUUUUAGCUGGUCUCGGGUUUACGGGUGAAAUGCAGAAUCGGCCUACGAAAAACUUCAGUGGGGGUUGGCGAAUGCGUGUCUCACUAGGUCGAGCACUUUAUUUGGAGCCCACGCUUCUCAUGUUAGACGAGCCGACCAAUCAUUUGGAUUUGAAUGCAGUCAUUUGGUUGGAUAAUUACCUUCAAGGCUGGAAAAAAACCUUGCUCAUCGUCUCGCACGACCAAUCUUUCUUAGAUAAUGUCUGUACAGACAUUAUUCACUUGGACAUGGAAAAACUCUUUUAUUACAAAGGAAAUUAUUCCAUGUUUAAGAAAAUGCAUCUCCAGAAACGGAAAGAGCAAAUUAAAGAUUACGAAAAACAGGAAAAGAGACUAAAUGAGUUGAAAUCCCAGGGUCAGUCAAAGAAUGCUGCUGAAAAAAAACAAAAAGAGGCUCUAACGAAGAAACAAGAGAAAAAUCGAGCCAAAUUACACAAGAACGAUGAUGGUUCGGCAGGGCCGAUUGAGCUUAUGCAGAGACCUAAGGAUUACGUCGUCAAAUUUCGCUUUCCCGAGCCACCGCCGUUGCAGCCACCGCCGUUGCAGCCACCUGUCCUGGGAAUUCAUAACGUCACGUUUGGUUACGAUGCAAGCAGGCCACUUUUUAAGAAUUGUGAUUUCGGUAUAGAUAUGGAAUCACGAGUCGCAAUUGUUGGCCCCAAUGGAGUUGGUAAAUCUACAUUUCUGAAACUACUGGUUGGUGAACUAACACCUCAACAAGGAGAACAAAGAAAAAACCAUCGUCUGCGAAUGGGAAGAUUCGAUCAACAUUCUGGUGAACAUUUGACGGCCGAAGAAACUCCAGCCGAAUACUUGAUGCGGUUGUUUAACUUACCGUACGAAAAAGCUCGAAAACAGUUGGGAGCAUUUGGACUGGCCUCGCAUGCACAUACCAUUAAGAAUAAAGAUCUUUCUGGAGGUCAGAAGGCCCGCGUCGCUUUGGCGGAACUUUGCUUGAAUGCUCCUGAUGUACUAAUCUUGGACGAGCCGACAAACAAUCUGGAUAUCGAAUCUAUCGACGCCUUGGCUGACGCCAUCAAUGACUAUAAGGGUGGUGUAAUUAUAGUCUCCCACGACGAGCGGCUGAUCCGUGAAACCAACUGUCAACUUUGGGUUAUUGAAGAUCAAACCAUAAAUGAAAUUGAGGGUGGCUUCGACGAUUACCGAAGAGAAUUACUGGACAGUCUUGGGGAAGUCAUAAACAAUCCAAGCGUUGCUGCAAAAUUGGCGAAUGAAAACCUGUGAUGAGGUGGAAAAGAACACAACUCCUGAUUUUUUCCUCCGUGUAAUUUGUAUGUGGAGUUGAGAAUAAACAUGAAUGAAAUUGUA